AUGAUAAGGGUCAGCAGGAUUAAGAGGGCUUUAUUGGAUCUUGGAGUAAGUGUGAAUCUCUUGCCCUACUCAAUCUACUUGCAAUUGGGGUUAGGAGAGUUGAAGCCCACAUCGAUGACACUCCAGUUGGCUGAUAGGUCGGUGAAGGUUUCACGGGGAAUAAUUGAGGAUGUGUUGAUUAUAGUGGAUAAGUUUUAUUUCCCCGUGGAUUUCAAUGUGCUAGACACAGAGCUGGUUCAGAAUGUUGUGAUUCAAAUACUAAAAAUUAUAGGGCAACCAUUCAUAGCUAUAGCUAAUGCCUUGAUAAAUUGUAGGAUGGGUGUGAUGAAGAUUUCCUUCAAAAAUAUGACAAUGGAGUUGAAUAUAUUUGAUAUCAGCAAGCAACCAUUGGAAUAUGAUGAAGUGAGACAUGUAUGCUUGAUAGAAGAGAUCAUGGAGGAGAUCGUUGAAGAAUCGAGCAUAGAGGACCCCCUGGAUGCAUGCCUUGCUCAGUUUGGCGAUGAUUUGGAUUUGGACAAGAUACUUGAGCAGGCAGAUGGGAUUUUGGAGAAUGCUCCUCUGGUGAGCCGUGAGAAAGGGGAGGCAGCAAUACCCAAGCCUCCCAAGAAGGAACUUAAGCCUUUACUGGACACUUUUAAGUAUAAGUUCCUUGGUCCAGUAGACUCUUUGCCUGUGAUUAUAGCUUCGGAUUUGGUUGGUGCUCAAGAGGAGAAAUUAUUGGAUGUAUUGAGAGAGUACAAGGAAGCUAUCGGCUGGACCAUUGAAGACAUUAAAGGGAUCAGCCCCUAG